CCGUGUUGUUGAAAUGUCUUGUGGUAUAAAAUUGUCGCCUUCAUUAGAUGCUUGCCCAGUGCAGGAGAAGGUAGUGUAUUUAUCCACGUUAUUCGAAUUAAGUUGAAUCCAUGUGGUUGAGAACAUCGCUCGCCAAGAUACUUCUGGAACCUUAUAGUUAUAUUUUACAAGUACCAGGAAAGCAAGUCAGAGAGAAGCUUAUCCAGGCAUUUAAUUUCUGGUUGAGGAUACCAGAAGAUAAACUUAAGGUGAUUGCUGAAGUGGUAAAGAUGUUACACAAUUCUAGCUUAUUAAUUGAUGACAUUGAAGAUAAUUCAAAGUUAAGAAGAGGAAUUCCAGUUGCUCAUCAGAUCUAUGGAGUCGCCCAUACCAUCAAUAGUGCAAACUACAUGUAUUUUAAAGCACUGGAAAAGGUGUUAUCCUUGAAUCAUCCACAAUGUAUUAACAUUUUUACAGAAGAACUAUUAGAGCUCCAUAGAGGUCAAGGAAUGGAUAUCUACUGGAGAGACAGUUACACAUGCCCUACUGAGGAUGAAUACAGAGAAAUGGUUAAGAGAAAGACUGGUGGCCUUUUCAGGUUAGCUGUGAAACUGAUGCAAACGUUCAGUGAAAACAAGAGCGACUUUGUUCCUUUACUGGAUACACUUUCGCUGUAUUUCCAAAUAAGGGAUGAUUACGCUAAUUUACUCUCAGAGGAGUACAAAGAGAAUAAGAGUUUCUGUGAAGACCUAACAGAAGGAAAGUUUUCAUUUCCAAUUAUCCAUGGCAUACGCAGUGACUCUGAAAGCACACGGAUUUUGAACAUUUUGAAACAGAGAACAACCGAUAUAGAUAUCAAGAAGUAUUUUGUAGAUUAUUUAGAACAGAUUGGCUCGUUUGCUUACACGAAAGUAGUACUCAAAGAAUUAGAGGAUAAAUCUCAAGAACUGAUCGCUGGUCUAGGUGGCAAUCCUCAUUUGUCAGCUGUAGUCGUACAACUAGCAAAAUUGUAUUCUUAAUUAUUGUGCUUUAUGUAAUAUAUCAAACACCAAAGACCGUGUUUGACCACCGAGAAGAGAGUUGAAAAUACGACGCCCAGCGGUGUAUUUUUGACGAACUUUGAGGUGUUUGGAAAUGUGGUCAAACAUUGUCUUGAAUGUUUGAUAUCUUCUCAAUAGAAACCAAAACUUACGAGAUAACGGAGAGAUAAAAUCGUAAAAAAUCUAUGCUAAUUAAGAUCAGAUAUCCAAACACUGUCACGGUCAUGAUUUUCUUUAUCUAAACUUGGUGAAUUAUUAAUUAGUUUAAGAAAUAUGAAUAAUGAUUACUACUUAGUUAGGGUAGGCAUUAUUUCAAGAAAAUAAAGAACGCUAAAUGAGACCUGAGGUGCCACGCAAUUGAUAAAUGCAGGAUGCAAGGAUACCUUACAGAGGAGGGAAUGUUUCCAAGACGGCUGAAAACCAAUAACAUUAGGAGGGGGGGUAUUAAAGAACCAUUCAAAUUGUCAGUGUGUUUUGAAAUCAAGAUUGCACGAUUAACACUGAGAGGUACAUUUUACAUCUCUCGUAAAGUGACAAAACGUUUUCUGUAACUCUUUCUGUGACCAAAAAGGCUGUCAGGCGUUGGGAAGGGUUACCUGACUAGGAAACUUUUUGUGGCAUCUUAUAAAAUUCAUAUAUUCUUUCUGAGGUAUAGUUGUUUCAAGUCUCAGUUAAGUAAAGGUGUUUACCUUCAAUAGUGUCUUCUUAUUUAGAUGGCUUUUAACAUUGAUAUUAAUAUAAUUUGAAGUGGUUUCUUCCAAUGUCAAAGCAUUUAUGAUUAAUCAUAACAAUUAAAAUUUCCUCAAAUGCGAUUGGUGCACAAACUGCUGUAUUUUGCUCUAAUUAAUCUGCAAAGUUGUAAUCGGACAGUGUAAUCGGACAGUUG